UCCAGACUUUUUUUUUCUUUUUUUCUUGCUUUUGCUGUUUAUCUUGUGAAAUGAUUUCAUUUUGAUAUUUAUUUCAUUAACACACAUUUUCUAAUGCUGUUUUCUGUUUUAUUCCUACUGUAGGUGUAACAUUUAGGUGACAGUGGACCAGACAUUCUCGAACUACAGUUGUGAGAUUCUUAAGGAUUCCUUAUUAGACACAAUUUUCCUUUACGCUUCAAACAUCAUCCUAGUCUUACCCCUCACUGCUGCUUGAUUCCCCUCCCCAAAAUACUCCUCCUAAGAACAGUAUGGGUGCCCAGUCAGACUCUUUGCUCCAGUCUGUCGUCCUCUUUCCAAUCCACCUCCUGGUAUGGCUGUACUCUGUCCUCUCCUUCCUGCCCUGGUACUACAUCACUGGUGCUGGGACGAGGAAAGCUCUCUCCAAGCGGAUCAAGGCCCGCUCUACAUCAGGCCACACUGAGGGACCGUACCGCUCUGUGGACCACUUCGACUCCCUGGCCAAGGAGGACUUCCCAGGCAAGGACACGCUCGAUAAGUUGUUUCAGCAUGCUGUGCAGCGCUUCGGCCAUGCGCAGUGUCUCGGCACCAGAGAUGUACUGAGUGAAGAUAAUGAGAUACAACCCAGCGGUAAAGUAUUUAAAAAGCUGAUCCUCGGGGAGUAUAGAUGGAUGUCCUACAAUGAAUUGGAUUCUAUAAUCAGUCAGUUUGGCAGUGGAUUGGCAGCUCUCGGGCAGCAGCCCAAAAGCACCAUCGCAAUCUUCUGUGAGACCAGAGCAGAGUGGAUGAUCACUGCCCAGACCUGCUUCAGGCACAAUUUCCCAUUGGUGACAUUCUACGCCACACUGGGAGAGGAAGCUAUUGCAUAUGGACUGAAUGAGACAGGAGUCACACAUCUAGUGACCAGCGUGGAAUUACUGGAAACUAAACUAAAAAAUGUGCUUCCACAGAUCCCAAAACUGAAGCAUGUGAUCUACGUGGACCAGAAGAAAGUGACCGCAGAAGGCUACCCAGCAGGACUCUCUCUCCACAGCAUGGAAGCUGUACGAGAGCUGGGAGCCCUGCCUGAAAACAUGGCAAGGGAGAUUGUGAAGCCCCAGCCUUCUGACCUGGCUGUGGUGAUGUAUACCAGUGGCUCUACAGGCAUACCCAAAGGAGUCAUGAUCGUCCACAGUAACCUGAUUGCAGGAAUGACAGGCCAGUGUGAACGCAUCCCUGGACUCGGGCCUAAUGAUACUUACAUCGCUUAUCUGCCUCUGGCUCAUGUUCUGGAAAUGACGGCAGAAAUCUCCUGUGUCACAUACGGCUGUCGGAUCGGAUACUCUUCCCCCCAGACCUUGUCAGACCAGUCCACUAAGAUAAAGAAAGGAAGUAAAGGUGACUGCUCUGUGCUCAGACCUACACUGAUGGCAGCUGUACCAGAAAUUAUGGAUCGCAUAAACAGGAACGUGAUGAGCAAAGUGCAGGAAAUGAGUUUCAUUCAGAAGACGCUGUUUACCCUGGGCUACAAAUAUAAACUGGAGCAGAUCAAGAGAGGCUAUGACGCACCGCUCUGCAAUGCCCUUUUGUUCGGGAAAGUGAAGAAACUGCUGGGGGGACGGGUGAGGAUGAUGUUGUCAGGAGGAGCCCCGCUGUCAUCAGCCACUCAGAGAUUUAUGAACGUGUGUUUCUGUUGCCCCGUGGGCCAAGGUUACGGCCUCACUGAAACCUGUGGAGCAGGAACCAUCACAGAGGUUGUGGACAUCAGCACUGGUCGUGUUGGAGCUCCUCUCAUUUGCUGUGAGGUUAGACUCAGAGACUGGGCUGAAGGUGGCUACACCAGCAACGACAAGCCAAACCCUAGAGGGGAGAUCCUGAUCGGUGGCCCCAAUGUAACCAUGGGUUACUACAGGAAUGAAAGCAAGAACCAGGACUUUUUUGCGGAUGAAAAAGGUCAGAGGUGGUUCUGCACUGGAGAUGUUGGAGAGAUUUACCCCGAUGGCUGUCUACAAAUAGUAGACCGGAAGAAGGACUUGGUGAAACUGCAGGCUGGGGAAUAUGUGUCUCUCGGUAAAGUGGAGUCCGCUCUGAAAAACUGCUCACUCAUCGACAACAUCUGUGCUUACGCAAACAGUGAACAAAACUACGUGAUCAGCUUUGUGGUUCCCAAUCAGAAGACCCUGACAGGACUAGCCAAACAGAGAGGCAUAGAGGGACCAUGGGAGGAGAUCUGCACUCACCCAGAAAUGGAAAGAGAGGUUCUGAAAGAGAUCAAGGAGGUCGCUGUAAACAUUAAACUCCAGCGGUUUGAGAUUCCAGUUAAAGUUCAUCUGAGUCCAGAGCCGUGGACCCCUGAGACAGGCCUCGUCACAGAUGCAUUUAAACUGAAGAGGAAAGAGCUGAAGAACCACUAUCUCCACCACAUAGAGAGAAUGUACGGAGGCAAAUAACUGUUCCAAA